AUGGCCCUAUGGCUACACUCGAAAUGGGGGACCACUCCGGUAAACUCAAGGAACUACUUGGCAAUCAGGGAUCGCGAAAUCAGCGCCUUCAGAUGGAACCAAGUCGGGAAUCCCCCAGAUAGCUUAUACAGAGAUUCAGCGCAGAGUCAGAUCCACCAGGCUGACCCGCGCGCUAACGACUGGCUAUUUAGCUCGGAUCGGUGGAACAAGAGCUUCCCGGAGGGAUGGGAGCCUGUCAGUGUCCUAGGGGCUGGCGGCUUCGGGAUUGCUGGCCACUGGCGGUAUGUGGCAGCGGGUCCACAUAAAAUAGGAGAUGUGGAGAGGGAGAUUCGCGAUAUCGUUGUCAAGCAGGCGAGCGCGGUGCUUAAUAAAGGUUUGAUCAGCGAGGCAUUCAUCAUGGAAAUGCUGACCAGGACGGGGUCGAGACACUUCCCGAAAAUCUAUGGCCGCGUUCACCGCGAUGUCGGGCUGCAGGAUCGGGUAGCGGUUGAUCAGAAGAGGAGGGAGGUGCAUCGCAUAUUCAUGGAGUACUGCGAGUAUGGUAGCCUUGCCAAACACAUCAACGAUAGCUCUUACAGGGGUGACCUCACCGACGAGCCUAUGCUGUGGUCGUGGUUCCACUGUUUAUCCAAAGCGGUCAUGGUUAUGGAGCGUGGGCAUGAGGAGGACUCGGAAUCCCGGUUUUCGCGUAGGGAGCCCUGGGGGAACGAGCAUGAGGUUGUGCACUUCGAUCUCAAACCCGACAACGCCCUGGUUUCGGUGACUGAUGGUUAUGAACACGUCGGUGCUAGGCGGGUUGUGAUCUCAGACUUUGGGCUCUCCCAGGUUCUCCCCAACGAACGGAACGGGCCCCACAAAGAUCACGAUAAAAACUUGGAUGAGUAUGAAGACGUCGGAACUGUUAUUUAUAGGGCGCCGGAACAACUACGAAGGAUUCCACGUCCCAAACGACGACUCGGAGCAUGCACGAAUAUUUUUCAGGUUGGGGUCAUAAUGUUUUGCCUCAUAAUGCAAACUCAUAGUUUCCCUUAUAUUGAUCCUCCUACCCGGACGCGCCUCACAAGACGACAUAGGCAUAGAACUAUGGGAGGAGAAGAUCUGGAAAUGGAAAUCAGACUUAGCAGAGUUUUGCGAGGCCUCGUCGCCGAAUGUCUACACUUUGACCCGGCCUUCCGACCCACCUCCGUGGAAUUGGUCAGGAGGACACGAGCGGGCCUCAAAAACUUCAACCCCUGGGGAGCCACAUCUUCGAAAAUAUAUGGAACGCUCAAACCCGUCGACACUUUGAUGCUCGAUGGAUGGUUUGGAAAGUUCCCGAGUACCGUAUGGCCUAAGCGGAUCCCUGAAAUGGAAGAGGUUGUGAACCUGCGCCGCCGGCAGCGGCAUCAGGUCGAUCUCGCGAUUAAUUACGAUCCACAGAAUCCUGCCACGGCCAAUAACCAGGGGGGUAACCUUCCUGGUGGCCCCGCCACAGGACAGAAUCCCCCUCCACCCGGUAACCAGGGGCCGGUUAACCCUCCUGGUGGCCCGGCGGCGGGCCAGAAUCCACCCACGAACAAUAAUCAGCCCGGGGCGCCUCCUGCAGCGGGGCCCGGUGGCACGGCUCAAGCGCAGCCGCCUGUGAGGAGAACCGAGCCCGUCGUACGCCACAAACCAUGGCCAGGGGACAAGUUCACGCAGCCCGCUGAUAUCCUCGAUGGGAAGGGUCCCAGAAAAUCCAAACCGCCGCCUGGCCGUAGCGCACCCUCAAAACAGCCAGACUGGGGUAAGGUAGUGAAGAACAUCAAAUGCCCUCCAGCGGCCAAUAUUCCACGGUCGCCAAAACGGCCCACUCAGGGGCCGGAGCCGGAACCCAAGAGGUCGCGGCGGAGCGAGCCGGUGCCUAUCCGCCAAAUCGACAUGAUGAACAGUUGGCUCCACGACAUCAAUCUCAAUCGCCCAGCCGCGCCGGUCCCCCAGCUGCCAACAGAACCAGAGCAGACCUUCCUAAUUCCCGUGCGGAUCUGGCCUGGGCCACUACCAAACCCCGCCGACGAGGCCGUGGCCCAGAUGCGCACCUUCGUCAUCCCCAUGAGCGCCACCCUCAAAGAUCUGCUGCGUGUCAUGAUGAAAGACAGGAGCAGCGGCGUCGCGCUCGCUGUGCGUUGCAGGUUUGCCAGGCCCGGGACGCCGCAGGAACUGCCCUCAAGUACGCGGCUCGCGGACCUGGGAUAUGGACCGGCGCCGCGCGUGCGCAGUGCGCAUCUCGAGUGUUUCCGCAAAAUGGCUACGCCGACGUUUCUGCCUGGGGGGCUCCCGAGGUCGUUCCCGCUGACUAUAUGCAUCCAGCCGACCAACGGGGUGAACGGUAGAAUGGGCAUGUUGUCAUUGAAAGUCGGGUAUCAAAUGACGAUAUUGACGCUGAAGAAGGCGGUCAUCGACAGCGAUAUGCGGCCAGACUUUAGGGUUCCGUCACAACUGAUGUUUCACUAUGGGGGGGACGAUCCACAGGCGCGGGACUUUCCGGAUUAUAGGACUAUUAAGUCGUUUUUCGAGGGGCAGGGAGAGGCGGAGAAUAUCCAUGCGAAGAUUUGGUGUAGUUUAAGACCCGUGGGGCUGGGGGGAAGUGGCAGUGGGAGGCCACCGCCGUUUGAAAGGGUUUAUACGCCGCCGCGGUACAGGACCAAUAGGAGAUUCUUAUAAUGGUGAGGGCGUGUGGCGGAUGCACAUUAGGGAUGCUAUUUCUCAACUAGGGCGGUGGGUGGAAGGACGGUGUUCUGGGUUUCAAGUUAUAUUGCUUUGUCUAUUUACCAAGCGUAGUUUGAACUGUCCUUCAGCAAAUCAGCAAUUGUCGCUACUACAAUUCUGCCUGCUUUUUUCUGUGCAUUUCACUUUCAAAC